GUUCAGGCAACCGUUGCGUUCAAGGCAAAGGUCGUGCUGGCGGACUGUUGACCCCUACCGUAACCUCGUCUAAGCCUAUAUUGGCAUGCCGUGCCCUGGGAGGGCGAAUCUCGUCGUCUUCAAACAGCUCACUCGCAGAUGUUCAGCCUUGCCACAACUAUCUUUGUCUUCGUGCCGGAGCACGACUUUCACCGCAACACGUUCGCUCCCGAGCCCGCGUCGAGCCUUGUCUACAGCGGCGGAGUCCCAGAGAGAACUCUUUGAGUACACCUCAGGACGUUGGGUCUAUAACGACGUGCUUCAACACAAGGAACGCGAGGCCAUUUUUGAUGUGGACGAGUUAUGUCGCCUUGCGGCCGAGUCCGUGAACCAGCGCGCCACGGAUGUCGCCAGCAUCUCCAAGCUUGCUGAAGGCGGCUUCAACCGCGUUUUCCUCAUCACCCUGCGCGACGGACAGCAGGUAGUCGCCCGGAUCCCUUACCCUAUGAUCCCACCUCAUUACUAUGCGGUCGCAAGUGAGGUGGCUACUAUCGAGUACCUGCGAAUCUGCGGGAUUCCUACUCCUAAGGUCUAUGGGUAUUCCGCGACCUCCGACAACGCUGCUGGGACUCCUUACAUUUUGAUGGAGUUCGUCCAGGGUACUAUACUCAGUGACAUCUGGCGCAGUCUAGAAGACCAAGAUGUCAUCUCCAUCAUCCGACAGCUCACUGAGCUCGAAGCGCGGAUGAUGUCGCUGUCGUUCCCCGCUGGAGGGGGUCUUUACUUCACUCGAGACCUCGAGAAGGUUGCGUCAGGGCUUGGUGUACCACUGGACGACGAGCGAUUCAGCGUCGGGCCAGACACGAAGCUCGCGUUGUGGUAUGGUAGAAGGAAUCAGCUCGACGUGAAUCGAGGACCAUAUCAUAGCGCUGAAGAAACUCUUGCAAGGGCAGCGCACAAGGAAAUUGCGUAUCUGAAGCGGUUUGGGCAACCGCGCCUGCCCAUGCGGCGUGAAAUGCGACCAAGCUACAAGUUCCAGCCGCAGUCGCCACUGGAGCACAUCGCUUAUUUGGAGCGAUACCUCAGCAUCACGUCGUCGCUCGUACCCAAAGACCCUGCUCUCAGCCGUUUCUGCAUUCGCCAUCCAGACCUCCACCCGAACAACAUCUUCGUGGAGCGAUCACCAGCUGGCUACAAGGUCGUCAGCUUGUUCGACUGGCAGCACGCAUCCAUCUUGCCCAUGUUUCUCCUCGCCGGCGUCCCACAGCGUUUGCAAAACUACGGAGACGGUGUUUCGCUGUCUACUAUGUCGGCCCCCUCUCGACCGGACAACGCCGACGAGAUGACCUCGGGCCAGGAGUACAACUUCCGUCGCCGCCUCGUCCACUAUCACUAUGUCGCCAACACGGAGAAGUGCAACCCGCUACACUACACCGCUUUCAACGACCCUUUGUACGCGCUCCGCGGCCGACUCUUCCAGUUUGCCGGCGCGCCAUGGGAGGGCGAAUCUUCCGACCUGAAGAUCGCACUCAUCGAGGCGAUGGAGACGUGGGAGGAGCUUGCGGGAAAAGGCGUGUCGUGCCCUAUCCAGUUCGACGAGGAAGACUUACGCAAGACGGAGGUGCUGGAGAAAGAGCUAGGUGAGGCCUGCCGAGGGUUCGAGCUCUUCCAGUCCUUCGCUGGUAUCGGGGAAGAGGGCUGGGUGCCUUCUGACGAUCAAUACGAGUUUGCAAGGGACCUCAUCAAGCGCUUUAAGGAAGAUGCGUUGGCGGAUUGUCAGUCAGAGGAGGAGCGGAACGAGGUCAUGAACCACUGGCCAUGGGACGACAUGGACGAGGACGAGUAUAUGUAGCGUCAUGUGCUAGAUAUUGACUGUCUGAAGGACUAGAUACUGCUCUAAUUGGGAACCCGUGAAGGUCAUCGAGACGGACAUGGCGAAGGGCCAGGCUCGUG